AUGUCUGAGCUGCGCCGCUUUUGCCCCUCUUUGGGAGCAGUGAAAGUGCUGGGGGAAAAAGAGCAAAGAAAAAAGCUGCUGCAGCACAUCUUGGCCGUUUGCAGAAGGACAAAGGACACGCAGCAGCAAAAGAAGAAGCAGCAGCAGCACAAACAGUCCGCAGCUGGCAGCAAGAGGCACAGCCCCGCGUCAGACGGACACAGCAGCAGCAAACAGCAGCAGCAGCAGCAGCAACAGCAGCAGCAACAGGCAGAAGAGCAGGAAACACCCGAAAACGACGAGCAGCAGUCGCAGCCCGACCAGCAGCAGCAGCAGCAGCAAACAGAGGAGGAGGUCAUUCCAGAAACAAUUCAUGUAGUUGUUGCUUCUUAUGAAAUGCUGAUGGCCGAAAGAAACAUUUUAGGACAAAUCCACUGGGAGUACAUCAUCAUAGACGAGGCCCACAGAAUCAAAAACGAAGCAGGGAAGCUGGCAACGACUGUGCGGCAGUUUGCUUCCAACUACAGACUGCUGCUGACGGGAACGCCUUUGCAGAACAACCUGCGAGAGCUGUGGGCGCUGCUGCACUUCCUGCUGCCGCAGCUGUUUGAUGACGGAGAUGAGUUUUUAUCUCUUUUUGAUUUAAGUGCUGCAACAAAUGAAGAGGGGGCGCAGCUGACGCAGCAGCAAAUAGAAGAAAGAAAUUUGCAAAUCGUAAAAAGACUCCACAGGAUACUCAGGCCCUUCAUGCUCAGACGGGUGAAGAAGGAUGUGCUGCAGGAGAUGCCUCCAAAGAAAGAAUUAAUUUGCUUCGUGCCUUUAUCAGACAUGCAAAGACAACUUUACAAAGACCUCCUGAGCAAAAACGUGACAGCCCUGCAGGGCGAAGGCGGCCGCAGCAAGCUGCGCAAUUUGGCCGUGCAGCUCCGGAAGGCCUGCAACCACCCGUACCUGUUCGACGGAUACGAACCGGCGGGAGGAGAGCCGUUUGGGGAGCACCUGGUGGUGAACAGCGGAAAGCUGCGCUUCUGCGACAAACUGCUGCAGCGGCUAAUCAAAGGAGGCAGCAGAUGUCUUUUGUUUUGCCAAAUGACAAGAAUGAUGGACAUUUUGGAGGACUAUUGUUGCAUGCGGGGCUUCAGUUACUGCCGGCUGGACGGCCAGACCAGCGCGCAGCAGCGAGAGCAGCAGCUGCAGCUCUUCAACAGCAGCAGCAGCAGCAGCAGCAGCUGCAGCAAACCCGUCAGCAUCUUCCUCCUCUCCACGAGGGCCGGCGGAGUCGGCACCAACUUAGCAGCAGCAGAUACUGUCAUUCUUUUCGACUCCGACUGGAACCCCCAGGCAGACCUCCAGGCCAUGGACAGGGCCCACCGCAUAGGCCAAACAAAAGCAGUGAAUGUUUACCGAUUAAUUCACGAACAUACAAUUGAAGAAAAGAUUUUGGAAAGAGCCAAUCUGAAGCUGCAGCUCGACACCGCGGUGAUUCAGCAGGGGCGGCUGGGGGAGGGACGCGGCGAGGACUUCUCGCAGGGGGCGCUGCUGUCGAUGGUGUCUUUUGGGGCGGAGCACAUUUUCAAGUCUUCGAAAAACGCGGACUUGACCGAAGAAGAACUCGACGCCAUCCUCGCCAGGGGCCAGGAGCGGACGGAGCAGAUGGAGGCGAUGCUGCAGCAGCAGGUGCGGCGGUCGCUGCUGGACUUCAGCAGCAGCAGCAGCAGCAGCAACUUGUACGACGUGGACUUGUGCUAUCCUGAAGAAAGAAAAGCAGCAGAUAGAGACGCCUGGCUGCAGCUGGCGAAGGAGCAAAUGUCCACAGAAAGGGAGACUCGCAGGCGCCACAGAAGCAGCUACAGAGAGGGCCCCGAGCAGCAGCAGCAGCAGCAGCAGCAGCAGCAAACCGCCAAGGACGCCCGAAAGCCCCCACACAUCCCCCGAGUCCCCAAACUCCCAGUCAUGCAGGAGUGGCAGUUUUACAACAGAGAAAGAAUCCUGGAGCUGCAUGCGCUGGACUUGGCCUGGCGGCGCUCGCUGGGCCAGGCCAGGGCCCCCACUGCAGCAGAAAGGCAGGAGAAGCAGCAGCUAAUUGAACAGGGCUUCAAGGACUGGUCCAAGAAGGACUUGAUGGCCUUCGUCAGAGGGAGCGAGAUGUACGGGCGCGAGGACCUGAGUCGCAUAGCGACGGAGGUGGAGGGCAAGAGCGAAGCUGCUGUGCGGCUUUAUGCUGCUGCCUUUUGGAGCCGCCUGGGGGAGAUCAGCGACAGCAGCAAACUGCUGAAGCGCAUUCAGGACGGCGAGGCGGUGCUGCAGCGCCGCAGGGAGCUCGAGCAGGUGAUCGUGCGGCGGCAGCAGCAAAGCGACUUCCCUUGGCGGCGUCUGCCGAUCAAUUUUGCUGCUGCAACAAAAGCUAAAUCCUUCUUUACAGAAGAAGAGGAUGUCUUUGUUCUUAACCUCACUACGCUGCUAGGAUAUGGCAAUUGGGAGAAGCUUCGAAGCCAAGUUCUGAGAGACACGACCUGGAGACGGGACUGGUUCUUCAGGUCGAGAGCAGCAGCAGACUUGGGCAGGAGAGCCGAGGCCAUCAUCCGCCAGCUCAAAAAAGAAGAAGGGGAGCGGUUUUCUCGUGGGCGCCGCCGCCUGGAUAUGCCAGCAGCAAAGCAGCCGUCCCCUGGAGCUGCAGCAGCAACACCAGCAGCAACAGCAACUACACCAGCAGCAACAACGCCGGCAACGACGCCGGCUUCAACGCCAGCAGCAGCGGCUGCUGCUGCUUCUCCUGCUGCAGCAGAAGAGUUCAACAGCAGCAGCGCCGCCGAUGGGGCGGCCACGCCUGUGGGGUUGCAGCCAACUCCAGCAGCAGCAGCAGCAGCAGCAGCAGACACAGCUGCCGCCGAGUCUCCGCUUUCCGCUGAAACAACAGACGCGAAGCGGAGGCGAUUGAUGCCCAAUGCAGGCUAG